AUGGGUUACCAAGAUUCCGUCUACCUCGCGAAGCUCGCUGAGCAGGCCGAGCGCUAUGAGGAAAUGGUUGAGAACAUGAAGACCGUUGCCUCUGCCGACCAAGAGCUCUCCGUCGAGGAGCGAAAUCUGCUCUCCGUCGCCUACAAGAACGUCAUUGGCGCUCGCCGUGCCUCUUGGCGCAUCGUCACCUCGAUCGAGCAGAAGGAGGAGUCCAAGGGCAACGAGCAGCAGGUCCACCUUAUCAAGGAGUACCGCGAGAAGAUCGAGCAGGAGUUGGCCAAGAUCUGCGAGGACAUCCUGGAGGUCCUUGAGAAGCACCUCAUCCCUUCUGCUCAGAGCGGCGAGUCCAAGGUUUUUUACCACAAGAUGAUGGGUGACUACCAACGCUACCUUGCAGAGUUUGCCAUGGGUGACAAGCGUAAGACCUGUGCCGACAAGUCCCUCGAGGCGUACCAGGCCGCUACCGAGGUUGCCGCCACUGACCUCGCACCCACUCACCCAAUCCGCCUUGGCCUGGCCUUGAACUUCUCUGUCUUCUACUACGAGAUCUUGAACUCGCCCGACAAGGCUUGCCAGAUGGCCAAGACCUCCUUCGAUGAGGCCAUCGCUGAGCUCGAUACUCUGUCUGAGGAGAGCUACAAAGACUCCACCCUCAUCAUGCAGCUGCUACGCGACAACUUGACCCUGUGGACUUCGUCCGAGGCUGAGCCAGCUGGUGGCGAGACCGCUGCUCCUCACGCUGAGGGUGAGAGCAAGGACACCGCCGACGCACCGACUGGCACCGAGGAGAAGCCCGCCCAGUAG